AAUCACUGUUUGACACCCGAUUCGUUGAAAGUUUAUUCCUCAUUACACAAUAUGUUGUAACGAAAUGAAUUGAAGUUUAUUUUCUAAGUUUUGUGUAAUCAUUUUCAGUAUAUACGAAGUGAUACGGCGUCGGUGUUAAUCUACAAAAUAUAUAGUCCUAGCCUUGAGUCUAGGGUAGGCUCUAUCUUUGCCUCUAAUUAUUUAUUUAGAUGGCCUCUCAUACCAAACCUACUACUACCCACCCAGGCUAUGUAGUAAUUGGUGGUGGAAUAGCAGGAGUGACUUGUGUGGAGCAUUUGUCGUUAUACUCUCCUGAUCUUCCAAUAACGCUAAUCACAGCAUCGCCCAUUGUUAAGGCUGUCACUAAUUUCAGACAGAUUUCAAAAGUUAUAGAAAACUUUUCAGUAGAAGAAAAACAUGCUAGUAAGCUGCAGUCGUCAGUGCGAGGACUAUCAGUUAUACAUGCCGUGGUGAAUGGUAUCAAUGCAGAGCAACAGAUUAUCACAACAGAUGAUGGACAAGCCAUUCCAUACAAGAAGCUCUGUAUAUGUACUGGUGGACAACCAGACAUCAUAUGCAAAGACAAUCCUUAUGUUCUGGGUAUUAGAGACACUGAGACUGUUAAGUCCUUCCAGAAAAAGCUAGCUUCUGCUAACCGUGUUGCUGUUGUAGGUAAUGGUGGGAUAGCCUCGGAGCUUGUGUACGAGAUUGAAGGCUGUACAGUGAUAUGGGCAAUUCGUGAUAAGAGUAUCAGUCAUACGUUUGUUGAUGCCGGUGCUGCAGAAUUUUUUCUUCCACAUUUAAGAAAUGAAAAGGAACCUCGAACUGCUCCGCUUAAAAGAAUGAAAUAUACAGUGUCAGAAUCUAGUGACAUCGAAUCAAACAAAGGAUCAGCGACAGGGGGCGCUUUAGGCCCUGAUUGGAUCAGUGGUUUGUCAAUGCAAGGAGGGGGAAACGGUGCUAGUCAUCCUGUGUAUGUGGAAUAUGAAUGUGAGGUUCAGAAGAUACUAACACCAGAAGAAUAUUCACAGUUUGGACAACCUGCAAAUAUUUUAGCAUGUGACACAACUAGUCAGUCCUGGCCUGUUUACUUGUUACUAACUAAUGGAAAGCUGUAUGGUUGUGAUCUUGUUAUAAGUGCUACUGGUGUUUCUCCAAACACAGCACCAUUCACUAACAGCCCCACACCACUCGCUCUUGCUUCAGAUGGUGGUAUUGAUGUUGAUAAUCACAUGAGGACUAAUCUAGAUCAUGUCUACGCUGCUGGAGAUGUGUGUACGGCAGCGUGGGACCCGGCACCUCAGUGGUUUCAAAUGAGGCUGUGGUCCCAAGCGCUGCAAAUGGGAGCUUAUGCGGCCAAGUGCAUGAUGGCUGAUGCUGCCGGGGAGGUGAUCCAUCAGGACUUCUGCUUUGAGAUGUUUGCGCACAUGACAGAGUUUUUUGGUUUCAAAGUUGUACUUUUAGGAAAUUUUAACGGACAAGGACUAGAGAAGGACUAUGAAGUUCUGCUUCGUGUGACUCUUGGUGUAGAGUACAUCAAAGUUAUACUCAAGGAUGGAAAAAUGUGUGGCGCUAUCCUAAUUGGAGACACUGAUUUAGAGGAAACGUUUGAGAACUUGAUAUUAAAUCGGAUGGACUUGUCUAUGUACGGUGAAGAUCUACUGAAUCCUGGAGUUGAUAUCGAAGACUAUUUUGAUUGAUCGUGUAGGGCAAAUGUAUCUACUUGUUCUUGUACCUCUAAGACUGCAA